AUGUCCUACAGCUGCUGCUCUGGAAACUUCUCCUCCCGCUCCCUGGGAGGCUACCUGAGCUACCCAGUCUCCUCCUGUGGCUCUUCCUACCCCAGCAACCUGGUCUACACCACUGACCUCUGCUCUCCCCGCACCUACCAGCUGGGCACCUCUCUCUCCAGCGGCUGCCAGGAGACCUGCUGUGAGCCCUCCAGCUGCCAGAGCUCCUGCGUGGUGUCCAGACCCUGCCUGACGUCCUGCUCCCGCCCCAGGACCUCCACGCUCUGCAGUCCUUGCCAGACGCCUUACACUAGGUCGCUGAGCUGUGGGUCCAGCAGCAGCUGCUCUCUGAGCUGUGGCCCCAGAAGCUAUUAUUCCCUGGGCUGUGGCCCCAGAAGCUAUUAUUCCCUGGGCUGUGGAUCCAGAGGUUUUUACUCGCCGUUCUUUGGGUCCUAUGGCUUCAGGUCCCUGGGUUAUGGGGGUUGUGGUUUUCCUUCCCUGAGCUAUGGCUCCAGUUUCUACUAUCCAACCCACUUCUCCUCCAGGAGCUGCCAGUCAUCAUGCUACAAGCCAACCUGUGGCUCCAGCUUCUAUCAGUCAACUUGCUAA